AUGCACAAGUGGGAACUAUAUUGUUUCGUCACAAACUAUGCGGAACCUAUUUACUGGGACACGUGGCUCCGUGGAUUAGAUGAUUUCUUGACUUGGUGUCUGGUCUAUUUGAUUAAGUUGAGGCAAGUAAAGUGUGAGAUGGCAGUGCCAGCGGCCGGGGGUGUAGACCUCAGUCGUAAAUUUGUGUCAGAGACCGAGAUCGAGGAGAAAAGGAAGCAAAGACAGGAGGAAUGGGAAAAAGUUAGGAAGCCAGAGGACCCAGAGAAGGCUCCUGAGGAAGAGUAUGAUGGGCGUUCACUGUUUGAGCGGCUACAGGAGCAGAAGGACAAGAAGCAGGAGGAAUACGAUGAGCAGUUUAAAUUCAAGAACAUGGUCAAAGGCCUGGAUGAGGAUGAGUCUCACUUCUUGGAUGAGGUCUCCAGGCAACAGAGCCUGGUGGAGAAGCAACGCAGAGACGAGGAGCUGCAUGAACUAAAAGAAUACAGAAGUGCUCUGAAAAAACUGGCAUCUAGUGAGAGUCGGAAGGAGCCAGAGAGGAGGGCGGGUCCUAAACCAGCAGAGGUCAAGACCAGUCACCUGUCCCAGGCACACCUGUUGGCUGGGGCGUUCAAGCGACGCAGCUCUUCACAGUCCUCAGACAAUAGCAAGAAACAGAAGGUUGAGGAGUCUGCAGCAGGGAAUGGGGGCCGGACAGAGCAGGAGGCGGGCAGAGGUGUGGUUGAGCAGGGCUCCACAGUAAAGACAACAGGUGUCCUCCACCUUCCAUCGGCCGCCGUGUGUGUGGGCAUCCUGCCGGGCAUGGGAGCCUAUUCCGGCAGCAGCGACUCUGAGUCCAGCAGCGACAGCGAAGCCUAACCUGAUGACAUCCCCCUGUGGCUGCAGCUCUGCUAUUGGCCAAGGAAACAGUGACUGACAGCUGUGGAUCAAGGACAAGACUGCUAGACUGUCACAUCACAUUCAUACCUUACCUUAGACAACAUCAAGAAAGCGAGCCAGAGCUUCGUCUCAGAUGCAAUGUAUGUGGAAAUGCAUUUUCUUUCGUUUUUUUAGUUUAUUUUUGAUGCGUCAGUGCGAAUAAUGCUGGAUUUUAAUGGAUUUAUUUCUCUCCAUGAAAAUGUGGGUUUCAUCAUGGGAUGAUCGAGGCUUGGGGAGAAGAAAAUAAAAAGUUUUUCCGUU